GUAUGGCCUAACAUUACUCGAUGGUGGAUAGCAUUGCCCAGCAAUGGAGAGGAGCUCGCUAGCGUUAGAGGUUUUGAUGGCCCGGCGUCCAGAAAGUGAGGCUUUGCAGCCUGGCACUUUGCCAUCCGACCCUUACAACCACGGACACUUCAAGAAAUGGGAUUUCCAGGUGGUUCUUCUUCGUGAGUCGCAAGAGAAAAAAUUUGGAAUCAAAUAUGUUUCUCAACAGGACGGCCGGCUGAAGGUCGCUGAAAUUUCGAAAGGCGGGCUAUGCGCCGAGCACAAUGCACAGGUGGGUUCUUUUCUACCUGAAUCAAUGUGCUUCUUGAAGCAGGUUCUUUGUGGUGAUUUUAUUUUGUCAGUGAAUGGAGUCAGUGGUGAUGUGGAGCAGAUGAAGCAAAAACUCAUUACUUCCUUGGUGCUGCGCCCAUGAAUUUUUCAGUCGACAGCAUUUCCUUUGCUUUUUCAAUCCGGGCUAGCUUGCACUUCUUUGUGCCAGACGGUACACCUGACUCUUCAGUCUGGGGCCCAGAUUCCAAAAACAUCUUCUGAUGCGCGGAGGAAGCCACAAGCAGUGUCAGGUGGAAGAUAUUCAAUAUGAUGAAGGUGAAGGUACCGUAUAUACAUGUUCUUGAAACGCACGAACCAGUCUGAAACUGAUGAGGCCCGAGUACAUAGUCUGAGACACGUUUUCCAUUGGUUUGUUGGUAUGUCCAACAUCUCUACUUCAUCAACCGGAGAUGUAUAACAUAUUCUGCCUCAUUAUCUGGCAGCGCCGGCAAAGUCAAUUGAGGAGAAAGCCGCUGGACCAGCUUGCCAACUGAAUUGGACCAAUGCAGAAUUACUAUCCUGACAGUGAUCCGCCGUGGGCAACCAACUAUGACAACACUCCACAGGGAGGUGUUUCGGGCUGGACCAGUGAAUCCUGCGCAAAUGAACCGCAUGGGACAGGAAGACUCUACCAAUGUGCAUCGAGCAAAAGCUGGAGCCCGAAGGAAUGCACACUUCGAAAGCAGUUUGUGUUUCCUUCAAGGUACUUCUGCGAUGGCUUGAUAGGUUACGAAAUCUUCUGAUCUAG